UAUCAUCCAAAUCGACAUCUUUGAGCAUUUUAUCGCCAUUUAUUAACCGACUUAUCGUCACAAUAAUGGUUUGCGUUAUACUUUUUGAAUACAAACCAUCGAUGGGUCGGCCGAGAAGUAGUUCCGCGAAAAACACAUUUGAUAUGUUUAAUCGGGAAUCAAGAUAUGCCAAAUCCAUAUUUGAGGCUCAGAGAAGUACCGGAGCCCGAGAUCACAGCCAUCGAGACAUCGACUCACAUCUUACAGUGCGAGGCCGGCGGGUCGCCCACUCCUACCAUUCAUUGGCUCAAAAAUGGUCACAAAAUAAGUCAGGGAGAAUUGAGUUCAUUGAGUGACGACGACAUCGCGAAAGGCGAGCUGAGUCUGUCUCUGACCCGAUCCGCUGAAAAGGACCUGACGCAAGUGGGCUUUCUGCGCCGCCAGAUAUGUACACACCGGAGAAGCGGGUGGUUAGCACAGUCGCGACUUAGCGUGCAGUUUCACCAAGGGUUAAACUCUAGGUCAUUACAAUUGUCUAAUGAAGCCGACAAUACUGUUGCCAAAUGUUUGGCAAAGAAAUCUUACGGUNGUGUGGCCUCUUCGCCCACCAAUCGUGUCAGCGCUGAAUCGCACGUCAAAGUGGUUCCCAAUUUGAGAUCCAGUAAUGAAUUGUCUAAUGAAGCCGACAAUACUGUUGCCAAAUGUUUGGCAAAGAAAUCUUACGGUUCUGCCGCUCGGAUCCAUAUGUGGACACAUAAUAUAUUGGAAAUGAUCGGUUCGGACGUGCAAUUGCUGUGUCGGGCGAGUGGAGUGCCGGCGCCGGCAGUGAGUUGGUUGGGUCCCGAAGACAAUACGCUUACGAAUAGCGCAAAGUAUAAGGUGUUAGAGAACGGAGAUCUCAUCAUAAGGGACCUGACGUGGGAUGAUAUGGGAAACUACAUGUGUGUGGCC